CCUCAGGCGGGAAGGGGUGGGAGGUCCCGGCCGCUCUCUGAGGGUGCCGGCUGUCCCCGGUUUGUCGCUGGGGUCGUUGGGUGCGCAGUGUGUCCGGCGCCGCUGCGAGGGGAGCGACUGAGGCGUGCAGGGCCCGCUCCCUCCCUCACUGAGCCCCCUGUCUUUAGUCCUGGCCCCUCUCCCUCCAUGGCAUGGGUCAUGGCCCCAUGAUCCCCAGCUUGUCUGAGUGACUGGAUCCAGUGACCAGGCUGCAGUGGAAACAACACAGCUUUACACUUGGAUGUGAAACAUGAGGUGAACUGAAGCAAACAAAGUCAGUAGAUGCUUGAUCUCUUUUCCACCUGACACUGAAGUAGGUCUGAUUACCUGAAGCAGUAGAGAUAAAAAUAAGGAAGAUUUCAUCCCUCAAGCCAAGGAGUUGUCAUGUCUUGCCAUUACAAUGAAGCCUUUGAAAAUCCAGACUACCACUUCUCAGAGACAUUGGAAAUUGAUAGGAGGACUUGUCAAAAGAAACUGAUCUCUUACCAACCCCCUUCUGAUUCUUCACACCAUGGUUCCUAUGGGGAGCACCAUGGAAGAGGGGAGAAUCACCCCCUGGCCAUCCCCAUGGCCUCCAUGAGUCAUGGCUCUCCAUACAGGGAAAGUUUACCAAGAGUUAAUGUUCUAGGCAGAAGUCCACGUAGAAAUUUCACAGAUAAUCUUUCCUUUGAGGCUGAGCCAGAGCUGGCAUACAGACUACCUACUGUCCUCCAUCGGCCAGAUCGCCCCCAUACUGACAGAAUUCCCAGAGAAUCAGAAGAUAGAUGGAACAGGCAGCCACCUGAUGAGAUCUUCAUGCCUUCCUCCAGCCUGUUUGAAACACCGUGUAAAGAAGAGGAAAAGUUAGUUGGAAGUCUUGCAAGAAUGUCCACCAAGGAAAGGAUUAAAGAAAUUCAGAAGAUGCCAACGACCAUUAAAAAAAAGAGAGAGAUCAGGAAUGAAGUUCUUAAAGAAAUAACAAAAAAUUCAGCAAACCACAGUGCUCAAAUUUCUUGCCACACAGAGUGUCUGCAGGAACCAGCAGUGGCAUUUCGGCGAUUUAGAAAUAGCUUGUCAGAAAAUUUUGACAACCUGAAGUUCUGGCACAGGGCACUGAAGAUCAUUGGUGCAGAGUUUGGAACAAGUGUUCUCUCUUAUUUUGUUUUUUUGAAGUGGCUGCUAAAUUUCAACAUCUUCUCAUUUCUCAUAAACUUCAGUUUCAUCACAAUCCCUCAGUUUGUUGCAGCAGAACCAAACAACCUCUCAUUCACAGGCCUGGAGCUGUUCACUGGAGCUGGUUAUUUUCAACAAACAGUGCUCUACUAUGGCUUUUACACCAAUGCUACAAUCAGUAAAAUAGAGAAUGGUCUAUCUUACAACAUGCAGCUGGCCUAUAUUUUCACCAUUGGAAUAUAUUUUGUCAUCUGUUUUCUUAUCUUGGUGGUCAGCAUGGCAAAAUCCUUCUGCAGAAACUUCCUUGACCCUCAGACACAUACUGGAAAAGCCAGCAGACUUCUCUGCACUUGGGACUUUAAUAUAACUAAUGAAAAAGCUGUGAAGCUGAAACAGAAGAAUCUUAGCACACAAAUAAAGGAAGGCCUUGCUGCAGUAAAUCGAGAAGUUCAGAAUUUUUCUGUAAGAGAGAGAAUUGUUCAUUUUGUUAUUCAUCUCACUUCUUGGAUUGCUUCCCUGGGAACAGCAGUAGCUGCUUGUGCUGUUGUUCACUUUUUCUCCAUUAAUAACUUAAAGCUGUUUGUGAAAGAGCAUAAAAAUGACCUAGAGAGCCAAGCUGCCAUGUUGGUGCAACCUAUUGUUGUCUCACUCCUCAACGCAUUCAUCCCAUUCUUCUACUCAUGGCUUGGACACCUGGAGAGAUUUCGGACUCCUGGACAUCAGAUAUAUGUCACUAUUAUCAGAAAUAUCAUCCUGAAAAUGUCCAUUGUUGCAAUACUGUGUGAAUACUGGCUGAACAUUGUGGCUGCAUCAGAGUCAGAGUGCUGGGAAACUCUGGUUGGCCAAGAUAUUUAUCGUCUUCUUCUGGUUGACUUUGUAUUUUGUUUGCUUGGCUCUUUCUUUGGAGAGUUUUUACGAAGGAUUAUUGGAACUACAUUCUGUAUGAGCCUGGGGCUACCAGAAUUUGAUAUCGGGCGGAAUGUUUUGGAUUUGAUCUAUUCACAGACUUUGACCUGGAUCGGUAUCCUGUUCUCACCUCUGCUGCCUGGUAUCCAGAUUAUAAUACUUUAUAUAGUAUUUUUUGUGAAAAAGACCAGCCUGAUGAUGAAUUGCCAACCCCCCCGCAAAGUCUGGAGAACUGCUCAAAUGACAACAUCCUUCAUAUUUCUGCUGUUUUUUCCUUCCUUCCUUGGAGUUCUCUGUGUCAUUGGAAUCACUGUCUGGAGGUUAAAGCCCUCAGAGAAAUGUGGUCCUUUCAGAGGUUUGUCUUCUAUGUAUGCUGCAGUCUCCGAGUGGAUAAAAAUACUGGAAAACCACACUACCUCAAAAUGGGUGGUAUGGAUCUACUAUAACUUAAUUACAAGUGAACUUUUCUUCUUCAUCCUCUCUGCUUUUAUUCUCAUUAUUACUUAUGUUUACUGGCAAAUAAUAGAAGGAAGAAAGACAAUGACCAAAUUGCUACUUAAGCAAAUUAUUAAUGAAGCAAAAGACAAAACAUUUUUACUUGAAAAACUACAGAAACUGCAAAAGGGAAACCAAAACUCAUCUGUACCAAGAAGACAAGACCAACAGUAUCCCUAUUCUGCUGGGGUCUUGAGAGGGCCUGGCUUCCCACCAGCAGGUUCAGAGUCAUCCCAGCUCGGCAGUCGGCUGCGCACGUCCGAGGCUGUGGCGCUCGCUCUGCGUGCCAGGGCAGCAGCUCAGGGGGAAGAGGAAGGUGGUGACCAAGAUCAUGGCCCAUGAGCAGGAUGAAUAAAUGUCAAGUCAAUGGUUUUCUGCAGAAAGCAAUACCUGUUUGCAUUAGUGACCGAAAGGACCAUUCACACAUUGUCUUUCCAUGAAUGGAAUUAAAAAGAGAAGAAAAAUUUGUUACUGCAUCCUGACUGCAGUUUAUUAUUAUGAUGGCUGAUGUCCUGUGUGCUUGAAGUAGUGACAUUCUGGUUGCCAGUCAGCCUUCCCC